AUGCUGAUGGCCAUUACGAUGGUGCUACCGAGACCUGCUGCUAGGUUUCGCACAGCUGCGCCGUCAGCCCGUUCACGUUUCGUCCAUCGUCUUCUCGCUCUCCGAGGACGAGACCCGCAGGCGCACUUUGAUGCGACUAAUCAGAGGCGCCAGUUCGCAACCGACGUCUCGGAGCUUGAACAAAAGCCUCGCCACUUAGUAUCGACCGACACCAGUGAAGAAGGUGAAGCGAGUCUCGCGUUGCCCACCGGUACCCUCGGUCUUCUAGCUUGCAAGACAGUUGCUUUCAUGCUUUACAUGCAGGCUGCGAAUAGGGUCGAUCCUGAUCGAACAGCGGAGGACGUUGCCGAGGGGAAUCUGAAUAAAGGAACUGCCUGGCGGCCGCUCUGCGCCAACAGCCAUGUAGUGCAAGGACAUCAAUCUUGCGGGCCUAGUACCGCAUCUUUUGUAGGCGAUCACGUCGCGCUUGACAAAUCCUGGUGGGAUACACACUUUACAGCCAGUUGGGUCGGUGUUGCGCAGGAAGGGCGGCACUAUACUCUCGCGACGAGCUCUUUUCUGCACGCCAACGCGCUCCACUUCGGCUGCAACUUUCUCGGAUUGUUGUGCACUGCCUCCGCAGUAGAACACCAUCUGCGAUCUGGUCUUUUCAUGCUUGCAGUGUACGGCUCCUCCGCCGUCGCGGCUUGCACCUGUCAAGUCGGACUGUACAAAUUGAUGAGUUCUACUAGGGAAAAGGAUAAAGUCGCCCCAGAUGAACAUCACCACAUUGAAGAAGGACGGGAACAACAAACUCAAAGGAACCCAUGUGAAUCUACGUUUUCCGAUGACAAUGUAAAUGUUGCAGUAGAAGAAAGCAACGACAUGUUGGAGGUUCGCUGCCUUGGCGCCAGCGGCGGCGUUUGCGGACUACUUGGGUUCCUCGCCGCGCAACAGCCAGCAAAGCGGGUGUAUUGGUUCGGGUGUGUCCCUAUGCCGUUGUGGGUACCAGUUGCGACUCUGUUCGUCGCUGAUGGUUCUCUGGCACUGUGGAAGCACUACGGCGCUCGUGCCUGCUCUAGGACGACGUCGGCUCCAAAUAGGCCCGGGGGUCUUGGUAGAGACCAGGAGCACGACCACCAUCGGGGGACGAGGUUUGGUGAAGGCUUCGGCUUACUAGGGGGAGAGUUGCAGCAGCGGGAGAACGAGAUUCUUUACUCGCAAAUCGACUCAGGAAGUACAAGAACCUCUUAUCACAUUUCGCAUGGAGCACACGCCUCGGGCACGCUUUUUGGAAUGCUUUUUGGUUGGAUUGCUCUGUGUGUGUGA